AUGGUCGGGAAAAGCCGUGUCUCGGACCGCACGAAGGUUGAGUGUGCAGUAGUGAACGCUUAUGCAGAGAAGCCAUGGAAGGCGAGCAGGAAGAUGCUGCGAGGAGGGCAGACAUGUACUUGGAAGAUGAGCCGGAGUUCAGUGCCGCUGCAGGAUGGGCAGCAUGAUGGGGAGCCUGCGAUCAGAAGAGUGAAGAACACGGUUACGUACGUGUCUGAAAGAGCCGAGCCACAGAGACGGGUGCAGCCUGGGAGCCUGCGGAACGGCAGCGGCACAUGUAGUAGUAGGAGCAGCAGGAGCAGCAGCAGGGACAGACAGCAGCAGGAGCGGCAGCAGGAACAGGCAGCAGCAGGAGCGGCAGCAGGAACAGCAGCGGCGGGAUCAGGCAUCAGUAGGAACGGCAGCGGGGACCGGCAGCAGCGGCGGUCAGAGAACCAACCCACGGUUGUUUAA